ACUAUGGCUGCAUCACUAAAGGAAGCUUCUGCCAAUCUGGAAGUUCUGGAGGCCAGUGAUGAGGGAAAGAAGAAAUCUAAAUUUAAAGCCUUCAAGAAUUUUUUUGGCAAGAAGAAGAGAAAAGAGCCUGAAGCUAUCCAGAGAAGAAGCAGCAGCAGCCUGAAACCAAGCUCGUCCAACAGCAGUAUCAACAACUCUUCUCUGAAUCUGGUUCAGGAAGGUCAACAACCUACAUUUAGGAAAUCUCUGAGGGUCAGGAGAAGCAUGAGCAAAUCCCUGUCCCAUGAAAGCAUCUUCAUGUUGGAGUCUGAGCCUGAAAGCCCACAACGUAAAAUAUACCCCUCUCCAGAGCUCCAGAGUGGCAGAUCUCUGGAGAGAUCUGUUUCCAGAACUCUGUCUAUCACUAGUAGUGUGCAUAGAUCUGUUUCUGGAACUCUGCUUGGAGUUAUGCCCCAUUAUGUGCACAGAAGUGGAAUCUGGAUUGGAGGAUCCAAGAUCACUGAGAUUCCACCACUGCGCGCACGCCAGCCCAACAUCAACCCAUCCCUUACACGAUCUGACACAAUCUCUAAGGACUUUGAAGAAAUCUCUGCUGAUGAUGAGUCACCUAAGACCCCACGAAAGAAGGCUUUUCCACCGAUGUUGACAAUGAAGAAGAGCUCCUUUGAGCCCUCAUCUAUACCCAUGCGUGCACAGUCCUUGACAACAUUUGCCACGCUCACCUCUCCCAGCAGCCCCCAGCUAUCCGUUAGUUUCAGCACCCCAGCUACCACCCAGGGCUGUUUGGAUUCUUCAGCUGCUCGACACAAGAUGGCUUUAAACCCCCGAAAACAAAAGAAGUACCUUCAAGCGACUAUGAAGCCAAAGCAGGAGGAGCCAAGCCUUCCACUGGUUUCUGAAGAGAAAACCAAACCAAAAGCAGUUAUCCAAAAGAAGCUCAAAGACAGUGCAGGUCCCUCAAGUCAGGAACAGAGCAUCAAAACUGAGAUUUAUAUGACAACAGACCAGGCUGCAAAUGCAGAUGCUGCUGAGAGUCAGGGCUGCUCAUGGCCAGCAGCAUAUGGAAAACGACAUGGAAAAAAAGAAUCAAGUGUUUCAGAAAAGAAUGAGUGUGGAUCCAUAGGAUGGAGCUUUAUACAACCUAGUCGAGGGCUUGACUUAGGUAAUAGAGCUGGGUACCCAUCUGCCGACAAAAUUGACAGGGAUAGCCCUUUCUGCCACUUUUCCUUGGAGACACAAGUCAUGAAGCAGCCCAGAGCUCCACAAGUAGAAAACACUACUCCUCAGGAGUUGCUUUCAGAUGAAAAUGACACGAGAAGGAGAAUGGCUGGUUUAGAUGUUAAAACCAGAAAAGCAUCAAUAUCAUAUAUCAGACCUAAUGACAUGAAAGAGUCCAUGGAUAGUGGCCCAUCACAAUACCUUGAAGAUGGGGUUUCUGGAACUAAGAAGUCAGAAGCCAUAACUUCUCUUUCAUCAAUGGUGGAAAACCCUUCUACAAGCCAAGAAGAUACCAUGUUCUCAGUGGCAGGGGAGGCUCAGGUGCAUAUGGAUCCCUCUCAUAUUCAGUCAGAAGAGGAAGAAGCUUCCAGCUUUGAUUCAAAAAGUGACCAAUUUGAAAUGAAGUCAGCUCAGGAUAUCUCAACUAUCUGCAAGGAAACGCCUUCUGGAAAUGUCAUCCAGGCCUUUCCAGCAAGUGUUUUGGAUAUGGCAAGUGCUUUGACAGAGGGAGGAAUUUCUGUAGAGAGGAUGCCUCCCAGAAGCCUUUCCCAAUCUUUGGGGAAGCCGGAAGCUGAAGGAGUCUCCUUAGAUUCAGACAGUAUUUCAGAGCUGGAAAGUGGUUCUGAGGAGCUGGAUCACGAAUAUUCGUUCCAGUCUGUGAUGAAGUCCAAAGGUGAUCAAGAAGCCUUCCCAGAUUCAAAAAGUUUUGUUGGGAACUUGUGCAGUUCUCAUGAGCAGCUGGCUGCCAGAUGUGCUUCCCAGGCUUUGGAGGAGCCUGAAGACAAAGUGCCCACAGAAUCAAAUAGUAAUUCUGCAAAACACAGUAAUCCUAAUGAUUGGAGCAGUUCUGAGGAAGAUAUGCCUCCCAGACAUCCUUCCCCGGUGUUGGGGGCGCCCACAGCCCAACAGGAAAUCUCGGUUUCAAAGAAUACACUUGAGGAGGAGUUGGUUGUAUCUAUGGAGCAGACUCCUCCCAGACACCUUCCUCAGCCCUCUGUGAAGCCAUCUGUUGAGCAGCAACUCUCCUCAGGUUCAGCGAGUGCUUUUUCAGAAUGGGUGUCAACACCUCCCAUGAACUUUUUCCAUCCCUGGCUGAGCCCUAAAUCUGAGGAACAAGCCUCUGAAGGUCAAGCAAGUAUUGCUCCUGAGUGGGGCAUUUUUAUGGAGCCACUACCUCCCAGAAUGCAUUCAAGGCGCCUGAUGAAGCAUAAAAUUGAGCAACCAAUCUCCUCAGGCCCAGAAAUUGAAGGGAUCACUUCUACGGAGCUGAAGCCUUCAAGAAAUAAUUCUCAGACCCCAGUGAAACCAAUAGCUGAACAAGAAAUCUCUGCAGGUCCAGAGAGCACAGCUGUUAAGGGGAGCAUUUCUAUGGAGCCUCCUUCUCCUAACGUUUUAGCCCAGCCCAUGAUGAACCCAAAAGUUGAACAAAAUAUGUUCUUAGGUUCAGAGGGUGCUGAUAAGGUCAUUUUAGUGGAGCCAACACUCCCUGAAUGCUCAACAAAUCCUCAAGACGAGCAUGUCUUCUCAGAGAACACUGCUAGUAAUAAGGACAUGUUUGUGGAACCCCUGCCUCCAAACUACCCUGGCCAGCCAUUGGUGAAGCUUACCUUCCAGCCUCAGACUAUUCCCAGUGACCCAGGGAGUGCUUCCACAGAAUGGAGCGAUCCUGUGGAGCUGAUGCCUCCCAGACAUACAAUGGACUCCUGGGUGAGCACCAGCUUUGAACAACAACCCUCUGCAAGUCCAGAGAGCACUGCUGUGGAGUGGGGAAAUCCUACAGAGCCACUACCUCCCAAAAUGCCUUCUCAGUCCCUAAGGAGACCAGUUGCUGAGCAAGAAGUCUUCUCAGGUUCAAUGAGUGCUCCUGAAGAAUGGAGUGGUCUUGUGCAGCUGAAGCCUCCUCAAUACACUUUGCAGCCCUGGGUGAGCCCUAAAUUUGAGCAACAAACCUAUGCAGGUCCAGAGAGCACCAUGACUGAGAGGAGCAUUUCUAUGGAGCCUCUGCCUCCCAGAAAGCCUUCACAGCAUUGGAUGAAAUCAGUAGUCAAACAACCAAUCUCUGCAGGUCCAAAGAGUGUUGCCAUUGAGAGGGACAUUUCUACAGAGCUACUGCCUCCCAGACAUUGGUCCAUUGUGAGACAUAAAAUCCAGAAAAUGAUGCCAACUUCUGAGAAUGCUGCUGUUGGGUGCAUUUCUGAGAGGCCACUGCCUAUCGAAUAUCCCAUCCACUUCUCAAAGCCUAACAUUCAUGAAAUAUCCUUACAUCCAGAGAACACUGCUGUUGAAGGAGGUAUGUCUAAGAAAUCACUACAUCUCAAGUGUCCUUCUCAGUCAUUUGUAAAAUUUAUGGCACAGCAUGUCUUUUCAGAGAGCCCUAAUAUGGAGGAGCAGGUUUAUGUGGAUCCUCUGUCUUCUAAUCAACCUUCCAAAUAUUUGUUGAAACCUGCAGUUGAGCACCAAGUUUUCUCAGGUUGUGAGAGUGCUGAUAUUGAGGGAGGCAUUUCUUCAAAGCUGCUGCCUACAAAACACCCUUUACAGUCCUCGGGGAGGCCUGAAGACCCACAAGGAGUUUUCUCAUAUUCAGAAAAUGCUCCUGUUAAGUGCAGCUAUCCUCAAGAGCAGCUGCUUCCUGGAUACCUUUCCCAGGCAUGGAGGAAGUUUAAGUAUGAGCAAGAAGUAACCUCAGUUUCUGAGAGCUCUCUUAAAGAAUGGAAGAGUUCUGAAGAGCAGCUGCCUUCCAAAUGCCCUAUUCAAGCUGAGGACGGGGCUGAAUUCCAGCCACAGAUUUCCUCAACAGGCUCAGUGAGUGUACCUGUAGAGAGGAGCAGUGCUGAGAAUCGUCUGCCUCCCAGACACCCUUUCCAGGCUUUUGCAGACCCUCAAUAUAAGCAACAAGUUUAUUCAAGUUCCAUGAGUGCUGCUGCCAAGGGAACCAUUUUUGAGAGCAAUCCUAGCAGCUGGACCCUCCCAAGAGGUCCAGCUUCUCCAAGCAAAACUAGGGGACACAGCCAAGACUCUGAAGACCUCUUCAAGGACAUCUCAACUCCUGCUACCAAACCUGUGAGGUUCACCCUUGCUCCUGCCUGGCCACCAUCCACUUCUGGGGACACUUACUCUAAGGAGGAUGUUCUUGAGAGUAGUGAUCAAAAUAACGACUAUUCAAAUUUAUCCACCAGUGAGGCUGAUGUUGAAAACGUCUUUGGAGUUCGACUGAAAAGGAUCCCUUCCUCACAGAAGUACAAGAGUAAGGAACAAAACAAUUCUACCAAGCUUCCUUCACUCUCCUUGGGCCCAGUUUCAUCUUACACAGGUAGAGAACCACAAAUCAGAAGUGCUUCCCAGGGGCUCCUGGGCAUCGCCAAGAACCUUACCACAACAUCUGACGUUGCAGAGAAGCAAAAGAGCAAGCCCAAAUCUGACAGCAUGCCCAAGAAGAAACCUGAUUACAAGAUCCCAGGAAAGGCUCCUGGUAAACACUCAGGUUAUGCCACCUCAGAGCCAUCUUGGAUAACCAUGGUCAAACAGAAGCAGAAGAAUUCCACGACCCAGGUUCCUACGAAAGAGCUGAAAACCAAUAAUAGAGCUGGAGCAAAGGCUGGCACUAAAGUGCCUAGAUAUGAGGGAGCUGACCUUGCAAAACAAAGCCAACAAAGAGAGAUUUCCAUUUCCAAUGUCAAUAGACAGCAGAAGACGGCACAGAUAAAGCUACUUGACUAUACCAAAGCAGUAGGAUAUGAAAAUGAGAAGAUAAUUCAAGUGCCUGCCAUGAGAAAAGAAACCAGACAAUCUUCAGCUCACCCAGCCAUGUUCCAAGAGCCAGCUGAGCCAAUCUGGUUCUCCAUGGCCAAGAAGAAAGCCAAAGCAUGGAGCCAAAUAACAGAAACCAUGCAAUUUUAA